UCCCAUUGUUUGUUUACAUCGUCCUCCCAUCUUCCCGCGCUUUUUCCCGGCAGGUCUUGGAUCACUAAUUCUCUCAACGCUAUUAAUUAUCUCACAACUUUUGACAGUUUAAAAUGUCUUUGUGGGUUGAUAAGUACAGACCAAAGGAAUUAAGUAAACUAGAUUACCAUAUACAACAAGCUGGACAUUUGAAGAAGCUGGUUGAGUGCGGUGACUUUCCCCAUCUCCUCGUGUAUGGGCCACCAGGAGCAGGCAAGAAAACGCGCAUCAUGUGUCUACUGCGGGAACUGUACGGUGCUGGUGUGGAGAGACUUCGUAUUGAGCAUCAGAAUUUUCAAACUCCAUCGAAAAAGCUAGACUUAUCGUCACCAUCAACCCUUAACUUUGUCUGAGUCAACCCUAGUGGCGUGGGCUAUUACGACCGCGUGGUGAGAUGCAAGAACUCAUUAAAACUAUGCGCCUCCGUGCAGCAGCUGGACACAGGCGGCCAGCGAGCCCAAGUGGUGGUGUUGACGGAGGUUGACAAGCUGACCAAAGACGCCCAGCACGCCCUCCGCCGCACCAUGGAAAAGUACAUGGCCACGUGUCGAUUGAUUCUCUGCGCUAACUCUACCUCCAAGGUGAUCCCAGCCAUCCGCAGUAGGUGCUUAGGGGUGAGAGUCGCUGCUCCUUCCGAAUUGGCAAUAUCACAGAUACUACAGAGUGUAUGCAAGAAGGAAGGUUUCAUCUUGCCAGUAGAAUUGGCCAAGAGAAUCUCAGAAAAAUCCGGUCGUAACUUACGCCGAGCGCUGCUGAUGUGUGAGGCCUGUAAAGUGCAACAGUACCCCUUCACCGCUCAGCAAGCGAUCAGCUCUCCUGACUGGGAAAUUUUCUUACAACAAACUGCAACCAAGAUCAUGGAGGAACAGAGCCCAAACCGACUCCUGGUGGUGCGGGAGAGAAUAUACGAGCUCCUCACCCACUGUAUACCCCCGGAGGUUAUAUUUAAGGGGUUACUGAAGGAGCUGGUCCGUAACUGCGACGGGGAACUCAAGUUUGAGGUGACCAGUCUAGCCGCCUACCACGAACACCGCCUAAACCUGGGCUCAAAGGCUAUAUAUCACAUAGAGGCCUUCAUCGCUGCCUUUAUGGCCAGAUACAAGAGGUUCCUGGAGGAGAGUGUUCCUGAUAUAUUCUAACAGGGAAGAUAGUAUGCUGGUUAUAUUCUGAUGAGAUGGCAGGGAGGAUAGUAUGCUGGUUAUAUUCUGAUGAGAUGGCAGGGAGGAUAGUAUGCUGGAUAUAUUCUGAUGAGAUGGCAGGGAGGAUAGUUUGCUGGAUAUAUUUUGAUGAGAUGGCAGGGAGAAAAGAGCUUGGGGGAGAGUAUAAGAUAUAUUCUUAACAGGACGUGGAAGAGAGAAUGUCGGACAUGUUCUAGGGAAAAUGAGGGAUUGUGUCUCCUUCAAAUAUUUUGUCUCGAGGUAAUCUGUACCAUAUUUGGCUCACCUGAAGAUUAGACACUCAUAGCUUAUUUCAACUGAACUUUAACCACUAUAAUAUUAACUUAAUCUAACAAUCUAAUCCCAACCUAACUUAAUCUUAACCUAGUAUUAACCUAACUUAUAUAGCACCAACCUAAGCUAACCUUUUUUAUGGAGAUUAUCCCACUCAUGCACAGGUCGCUGACACAAGGAGGGGGAGGGGGAAUUAAUUGCACUAUAAAUAAAUACAAAAUUGAAGAAGAAAGAUCAACAGUGAGAAACAAUAUAUGUAUGUUGUGUUGUCAGUA